GGAUAAGCUGGCGCCUACCACGAGGAUCCGUAUGCGCGUUCCGUUGAACAAGUUGCCGAUUGAAAACGAAAGAGCAGCAAGAAUGCAAAGGGAGGAACGUGAUAGUGACCACCACCCCCUCUUUCGUUUGUGUAGAUAGUAGUAGUCACGAGCGCGUCCUCUGUUCAUUCUGUCCGGUCCCGGUGGCCUUUUAGUAGUCGGCCAGGCUUCAACGAACAAGUAAGAAGUUCCGCGUGUGCCAAGUGGCUAGAAGGAUUGAAUGCGACCAGGAGAAUGCAGCCCGGAACGUGCUGUUCGAGAUUCUCUUCGCUGAUAGUCCCGCUACUGCUGCUGGCCUCUUUGAUCGAUGAUACUUCCGGUACUUGGAAGAGGCGGGAGGACAAGACCAAGUGCCCGAAAGUAAAGGGCAUACGAAAUUUUGACAUAUCCGAGUUCCUUGGGUCGUGGUAUAUAGUACAGUACUAUGCAAGUUCAGAAGAAGCACUCGCUUACAGAUGUAUGCGAGCUGAAUUAUCACUUUCGCCCGACAGUACGGAGGUUACCAUGAAUUUCACUUACAGUUUCACCGAUGAUCCCAUCAACGAACAACUAGUUGGUAAUAUCACAUGGAAGAUACCAUCACCAGAAUUACCAGCCCAUUGGGUGCAUGCUGAGUAUUCUUAUGAAGGAGUGUACAACACAUAUGUGUUAGAUUCAGAUUAUAAAUCAUGGGCAUUGCUUAUGCAUUGUGCCGAACAAAGUAAUAGUCCUCGAUAUCUAUCAAGUUUUAUCAUGAGUCGAGAACCAAGCCUCGGAGUUAACGUUAUUUCGUAUCUUCGCGAGAAAUUGCCCAGGUACGAUAUCGAUCUGGAAUACAUGUUCCCCAUGGACCAGAACCAAUGCAAUCAAACAGACACUUCAGAAAUGGAUAUGCUGAUACCACCAUCGGUGAUGCUUCGUAAAAAUAAUGCUGCAAGAAAACAUCCGUUAAAGAGAAAGCAUCGACGCGUUUGAUUAGCGACGUAUCAAUGUUCAAUUGUUGGCAUAAUUAUAUUAUACUAGUCUAUUGAAAUAUUUUUUUAUUCCUAAAAACCUAUUAUAAAUCCUAGCCAAUUUGAACGCAUGUUUAAAUAAAUAAAUGUGUGAUUAAGUUAUGUGAUUAAUAUAAGUACCCAGAAGUUUAUGAUUCAAGAUUCAUAAUGUACUUAGUGAUAAAGCUACAGGAAUAAUAGAAAUUGUAAAUAUUAUUUUGUAUUAUAAUCAAUGCUUUGAUAUUUUUGUAAUCAUGAAUUAAACACGAUAAAAGUUA